UCUCCCUCCUUCCCCGCUCCAUCUCGUCCCUCCUCUUCGCCAUCCGCCUCGCAGGUCAUGGAAGCGCCCGGCAGCAGAUUGGAGCCGCCUCCGCUCCCCGAGUACAGCUGCAGCUACGUGGUGUCGCGGCCGGUCUACAGCGAGCUCGCCUUCCAGCAGCAGUUCGAGCGGCGCCUGCAGGAGCGCAAGACGCUGCGGGAGAGUCUGGCCAAGGGCUGCAGUUGUUCGAGAAAGAGAGGCCUAGCUGUGUUGAAGAAUCUCUUGCCCAUCCUGGACUGGCUCCCCAAGUACCGAAUCAAGGAAUGGCUGCUUAGUGACAUCAUCUCGGGAGUUAGUACUGGCCUGGUGGGCACCCUGCAAGGCAUGGCGUAUGCUCUCCUGGCUGCCGUUCCUGUCGGAUAUGGUCUCUACUCUGCUUUUUUCCCUAUCCUAACAUAUUUUAUCUUUGGAACAUCAAGACACAUCUCAGUUGGGCCUUUCCCUGUGGUCAGUUUAAUGGUGGGAUCUGUUGUUCUGAGCAUGGCCCCCGACGAACACUUUCGCAUAUCCAGCAGUAAUGGCACUGCGUUCAAUGCCACCGUGAUAGACUCUGAGGCUAGAGACGCAACAAGAGUAUUGAUUGCAAGCACCCUUACUCUUCUGGUUGGCAUCAUACAGUUGAUAUUUGGAGCUUUGCAGAUCGGAUUCAUAGUGAGGUACUUGGCAGAUCCUUUGGUUGGCGGAUUCACAACAGCUGCUGCCUUCCAAGUGCUCGUCUCACAGCUGAAGAUCGUUCUCAACGUUUCGACCAAAAACUAUAAUGGCGUUCUCUCCAUUAUCUAUACUCUGAUUGAGAUUUUUCAAAAUAUUGGCCACACCAAUCUUGCUGAUUUUAUUGCUGGAUUACUCACCAUUAUCAUCUGUAUGGCAGUUAAGGAAGUAAAUGAUCGAUUUAAGCACAAAAUUCCAGUCCCUAUUCCUAUAGAAGUAAUUGUGACAAUAAUUGCUACAGCCAUUUCAUAUGGAGCCAACCUGGAAAAAAAUUACAAUGCUGGCAUUGUUAAAUCCAUCCCACGGGGGUUUUUGCCUCCUGUACUUCCACCUGUGAGCUUGUUUUCCGAGAUGUUGACUGCAUCGUUUUCCAUCGCCGUGGUGGCCUAUGCUAUUGCAGUGUCUGUAGGAAAAGUAUACGCCAUCAAGUAUGAUUACACCAUCGACGGGAACCAGGAAUUCAUUGCCUUUGGGAUCAGCAACAUCUUCUCGGGAUUCUUCUCUUGUUUUGUGGCCACCACAGCCUUGUCCCGCACCGCCGUCCAGGAGAGCACAGGGGGAAAGACACAGAUUGCCGGCGUCAUCUCGGCUGGGAUUGUGAUGGUCGCCAUUGUUGCCCUGGGGAAGCUGCUGGAACCCUUGCAGAAGUCGGUCUUGGCAGCUGUUGUAAUCGCCAACCUGAAAGGGAUGUUUAUGCAGGUGUGUGACAUUCCUCGUCUGUGGAGACAGAAUAAGAUCGAUGCCGUUAUCUGGGUGUUUACGUGCAUAGCGUCCAUCAUUCUGGGGCUGGACCUCGGUUUACUAGCUGGGCUCAUGUUUGGAUUACUGACUGUGGUCCUGAGAGUUCAAUUUCCCUCAUGGAACAGCCUUGGAAGCAUUCCUAGCACAGACAUUUACAAAAGUACCAAGAAUUACAAAAAUAUUGAAGAACCUGAAGGAGUGAAGAUUCUUAGAUUUUCCAGUCCCAUUUUUUACGGCAACGUUGAUGGUUUUAAAAAAUGUAUCAAGUCCACAGUUGGAUUUGAUGCCAUUAGAGUGUAUAAUAAGAGACUGAAAGCACUGAGGACAAUACAGAAACUCAUCAAAAAAGGACAAUUAAGGGCAACAAAGAAUGGCAUUAUAAGGGAUGCUGGUUCAUCAAAUGAUGCUUUUGAGCCUGAUGAAGAUGUUGAAGACCCAGAAGACCUUGAUAUCCCAACCAAGGAAAUAGAGAUUCAAGUGGAUUGGAACUCUGAGCUUCCGGUCAAAGUGAAUGUUCCCAAAGUGCCAAUCCACAGCCUCGUGCUUGAUUGUGGAGCUGUGUCUUUCUUGGAUGUUGUUGGAGUGAGAUCAUUGCGAAUGAUUGUCAAAGAAUUUCAAAGAAUUGAUGUAAAUGUGUACUUUGCAUCGCUUCAAGAUCAUAUGAUAGAAAAACUGGAGAAAUGUGGUUUCUUUAAUGAUAACAUUAGAAAGGACAUAUUCUUUUUGACGGUCCAUGAUGCUGUCCUCCAUCUACAGAACCAGGUUAAAUCCCAAGAGGUUCAAGAUUCCAUUUUAGAAACGAUUACGCUCAUCCAAGACUGUAAAGAUCCUCUUGAAUUAAUGGAAGCAGAGCUGAUUGAAGAAGAACUUGAUGUCCAGGAUGAGGCUAUGCGUAGCCUUGCUUCCUGAAAGUGGGCUCAGGAGGUUGCUAUAAGCCGGGACUGCAAGGCAGAAUUUACCCACCAACGUAAUUCUAUGCAAACAUUUUCUGCAUGGACUAUUUCUUUGGACUUGAGACACUCAUUCUCUUUCCAUUCGAUUUUUUUUAAAAAAUCUUUUUUUUUUUUUUUAACUUCUUAGCCAAUGAAAGAGAACGACUAAGAUUUAUUUUUAAGGCUUGAUUUAUAAAGUAAAUAGCUUACCUCUACAAUGCGCAAAACGGUGAAGAUUAUCCAGGUGAUUU